GGUUCAUCUUCAUUUUGCCCGUCAAUUACUUGUCCUUGGAUAGUUAAAGGGUAAGGAAUCAAAAGAUUCUUUUGAUUCCCCUCUUCUUUAUCAUUGAAUGCUUUAACUUAUAAUUCAGCCGGCCGGUUCACGUUUGACUGAUUUGAAACCAUCGAGUCCCAUCUUCAAAAAAAAUUCCCAACCCCAAAAAUCCACAGGCUCACAUUGUAUAGCACCAUGGGUCGUAGGGUAUCUUGCAAAACCAUCCACCGCCACCAACAGCAUCUAAAGUGGUCAAAGGCAAACACACCCGUCUUGACAAUUGACUCUGGCGAUACAGUCACGUUCGACGCCCUUGAUGGCAGCAACGGGCAGAUCAACAAAUCUUCCACUGUGGACGCCUUGGACACUUUCGAUGUCAACCUGGCCGACCCAGCCUUUGGACCUAUCUACGUUAACGGUGCAGAACCAGGAGACGCGCUAAAAGUGGAAAUUCUGAAUCUUGAGCUGGGGGACUGGGGGUGGACAGCGAUCAUGCCGGGCUUUGGAUUGCUGGAGGACGAAUUCCUCAAUCCGGCUCUUAGGAUAUGGGAUAUUGAUCCAAACCUGCCUUACGUGAAGUUCAAAGACGGAAUACAUAUUCGCAAACAGCCGUUUUUGGGCGUGAUGGGCGUGGCUCCCGGCGAGGAAGGAGAGUUUGCGAUGAUUCCACCACUAGAGACAGGUGGGAAUAUGGACUGUCGGUACUUAAUUGCUGGAUCGACGCUAUAUCUCCCUGUGCGGACUAAGGGAGCGUUGUUCAGCUGUGGCGAUGGCCAUACGAUCCAAGGCGAUGGGGAAGUAUGUGGGACAGCGAUUGAGACAUCACUAACAGCAACAUUACGUUUUACCGUAUGCAAGAAUCAGCCGUGGGUGACUGCACCGCAGUUCCAGACUCCUCCGUUAAAAGAGAUUUUAAGCGAGGAGGAGUUGAGUCAGGAUAAAGGGGAAUAUGCCGCCAUGGGGGUUGACGCCGAUCUUCGUGAAGCUACGAGAAAAGCCACGCGAAACUUGAUUAAUUGGCUGGUCUCAAUGAAGGAUCUCACGCGGGAGGAAGCGUAUAUGCUCGCUAGUGUGACCGGACAUCUUAAGAUGGUUGAAGUUGUGGAUAUGCCAAAUUACGCUGUUGUUAUGAGCAUACCUCUGAGCAUCUUCGUCUGAUGAAAUGCCCCACCAAUUAGCUAGUUACUCACUUUACGACCUGAACGACGUUUACGGCCGACUGGAUAUGAUGCUAUGUUGGUACGGAAUGUACGAAUACUCCAUGAUAUAGUUACCUGGAGUGUAGACUCCAUGCGUACAUCCUAAAAUAAUUCUACCGCGAGAAACGUAAAUGAAGUAGCCACAUCUCUGGUGU